UAUAAUUUUAUACAAAGUAUUCUAUACCUACGCAUGAGAAACAAAAAUGUAAAGUGAGGGGAGAACGUAAGAAUGAUUAAGAAGAGUGUUGUAUGUACGUAGGUAUGUAUAUAGUAGGUAGAUUCUGUGGUCAUCAGCAGUUAAGUUUGAACUGGUGUUGAGUUGUGUUGAUUGUUCCGUGGUGGUGGGCUACUUAGUAUAGCCAACUAUUCAUCAGUGGAGUGAAGUGUAAUUGUCACAAGUUUAAUUUUUUCAGUGGUAUUUUUUAAAAAGGAUUAUUAAAACUUUUACUUUCUACUAUUUUCUUUUUGGUUUUUUUUCAAUUUUAUUAUAGUAUUAAAAUACGCGUGCACUUAUAUGCUACCUCAAUUCAUUAUUUUGAAACCUAAAAUAUUAACAGUAUAAAUUACUAUAUAUUAUAAAUAACAUGAUGUCGGAAACUGUGGUGACAGUUCAUGAUGGCACUAAUAAUGCAAAUAACCCCCGACAAGGACCUACCAUCAAAACAGAACCUGGACAACCUGGACUUGUUGUUGGAUUGAUAACAUUUAAUGGAUUGUAUUUUAAGACCAUACCUGGAAUCAUCAAGCUUGUACAAUUGGUUUUAGGCAUCAUUUGUAUGGCAUGUGCAGCCCCGGCAUAUAUUCCUGGAACAAGUUGGUUUCUAUUCGUUGCAAUAGUUUCAUUCAUAGCUACAUUAAUUUGGGUUUUCAUUUAUUUGUUAUCAAUUCGUGAAGCAUUAAAAUUACCCAUCAAAUGGAUUUUAUCGGAAUUGAUUAAUACGGGAAUAGCAACAGUGCUAUACACGAUAGCAUUUAUCGUUCAACUUUCAGUUUGGAGUUCGCAUUUCAGAAAUGAUGUGUUUGGUAUAAGAUCAUCUAACAUUGCUGCUGGGGUUUUCGGAAUUUUCAAUACUAUUGCUUACGCAGCAGGAACGUAUUUUUUGUACAUUGAAUGGAAAAAUAAUGGUUCAAGUGGUACCGGAAACUCUGCGUAAUUAUGUUUUUACAAAAACAACAGUACCUGAUGAAUUAUUUAUCAUUCAGUGGUUCAACUUAAGAAGGAUAUGUUAAUAACAAUUUUUAAUCAUGAUAAUUAUGAAAUUCAUAAUUGUUUACUUAAAAUUGGUUAAAGUAUAUAUUCAAGAUUAUAAAAUAAAAGUAUAAGAACACAAAGUCUAUUUUUAAUAACACAAAGACUUUUUGUAGUAACUAUUUACAUAAUUGGUUUUUCUAUGUGUCCACCAUGUUAUUACUAAGAGUUUUUAUGGAAUAAAUAUAAAAGAGUUGUUGCAAGUCGUGCUUUUUACACAGUUUAAAAAAAUUAAAAUUAUUUUCACUAGAAAAAUAUAUAUUUAUGUUAGUAUAAACAAUUGUAUACAUUACUAUAACAUGUUACUAGUAUGAUUGAGGAAUCAUUACUAUAAAGUCUUUUAUUUGGCGAAAGGUAUUGUUACAAUUAUUACUUGUGUGUAAUAUGUAAACAUCUAUAACGUUAUUCUACUGCGCGUUAUAGACUAACGUGUCUGCGUGCUGGCACAUCAUUCAUUAGAUUUUAUAUAUUUACAAAUAAUUUAAGAUUAUAUAUAUAAUAUAUAUUCAUAUAAAUAUACGUAAUGAACAACAAUAGGAUAAAUUUAUCAAAUUUUUUAAAAAUCA